CUAGUUGAAAACCUAGAUUAUAUUCAUGUUAACCAGGCCAUAUGAGUGCGAAUUCUGUAGAGAAUUUCCACAACUAAACGUCAGAGAUUAAAGGAAGCUGAGUGUCAUACGGAUACAAAAUUAAGGAUCAUUUCAAUGAGCCUUUUUUAAACCAAGCCGAAAACGUUUAUUUAAGUCAGUUGUUGUUGCAACUAUAAGUGCAACUCUUAGAAGCCAACUAGAAGAUUCUAAAAUCGUCAAGAUUUCCUGACAAGAUUCCGGCGGCCACUCGAAAACUUGAAAAACACCAAGGAUUUUGCCGAAAAAGAAAAUAGUUCGUGCUGGGGUUGGUUGUUCGGAAGGAACCGGCGUAGAAACAGAGCACUAGAGAUAAUUGACUUUUGUGUUAGCAAGGUCUGUUUUCGCAGCACAUCUAAAAAGGUGUUUUAUCUUCUCACAAAGUACUGAGUAAAUUCUGCUUCGUUCGUUCAGUUUGCUGCAUCUAUCUUACGAGUUUUCAAAGAUGAAUGGCAGUCUACCUAACGCAACUCUAACUCCCCCUAACGAAACCGUCAUUCGCCCGGACGAUGCAACAUGGAUCCUGACGAGCGCAUUCAUCAUCUUCACCAUGCAAUCAGGUUUCGGUCUGCUAGAAGCUGGCAUGGUUUCUAAGAAGAAUGAGACGAACAUCAUGGUAAAGAAUGCGGUAGAUGUCAUCUAUGGAGGUUUGUCGUACUGGCUGUUUGGAUUUGCAUUCAGUUUUGGGGUUGAUGAAGGUAGCAAUCCCUUCUGUGGGAUUGGAUACUUCAUGACUGAUGCGGAUGAGAGCGAAAUGGGUGAAGUGUUUGCAAAGUACUUUUUCCAGUUGUCAUUCGCUACAACAGCCACCACAAUCGUCUCAGGUGCAAUGGCAGAAAGAGUGAACCUCAAAGCCUACACACUCUUCUCUUUCGUCAACACACUUGCCUUCUGCUUCCCCGCGCACUGGAUAUGGGGAAAGAACGGAUGGCUCAAGACUAUGGGCGUUGUAGACGUGGCAGGAUGCGGGCCGGUACACUUGGUAGGUGGAGUCAGUGGCUUGGUUGCUACGUUGGUGUUGAAGCCACGGACUGGGCGUUAUGACAAGAAGGGAAACCCAAACAAGCUUACGAUGGCCUCCCCAACUAAUGUGCUGCUGGGUACCUUCAUGCUGUGGUGGGGAUGGCUUGGGUUCAACUGUGGAAGCACUUUUGGAAUCACUGGCGGCAAAUGGAAACUCGCUUCAAGGUCUGCUGUUGUUACCCUGAACGGAUCUAUAGGUGGAGGGAUAUUCGGCAUGGUGUACAGUUACAUUGCAUACAAAGACAAGCUUCUAAUAGAUCAAUUCGCCACAGGAAUCCUGGGAGGCCUCGUGAGCAUUACUGCCAUAUGUGCUGUUGCUCGUCCUUGGGAGAGCUUCAUCAUAGGGUUCGUCGGUGGCCUCAUCGCCUGCAUGGGAUGUACUAUGCUCACUAAGUUACGCAUUGACGACCCUGUUGGCUGUGUCCCCACACACUUCUUCAGUUCCGUGUGGGGUUUAAUCGCAGUGGGUUUAUUUGCCGAGAAAGACACCUUAGAAAACCUUUCAGAAGAUUACGGAGUUUUCAAAGGAGGAAGUUGGAAGAAACUGGGGGUUCAGCUUCUUGCGACUGUCGUUGUUUCUGUAUGGAGUGCCACCGUUACUUUCAUAGUACUGAUAAUCAUCGAUCGAUUGAUUCCUUUACGCAUGCCGCUGGUCAUGGAGCUCGAGGGCGCAGAUAAAUGGGAACACGGUAUCGAGGCUGAGUCUUUUAUGGAAAGUAAUGCUGUUAUGGUUACACAGGGCGUCCUAAACUAUGAAAUGGAGACCGAAAGUGAAAACCAUGAAGUCGCAGAUAGCACUGGGCAACAGAUUCCUCGACUUAAAAAUUGUGAAAGCAGAAAUAACACUACGGCUUUCAAGAAGAAACUCCUAAGGAUUAAAAGUUCUCACAGCCGAAGAAGGCAUACGCUUUCAUAUGACUUAAAGUCCAUCAAGAAUCGAUCACAUUCUGUUGACAUAGAAAGAGAUUUAUGUAAUGAGACUAUUGUACAUCAAGUUGCAAUCGUUUCUAAUGGUAUAAACAACACAAAUCCCUCAAUAAAUUCUCCAUGUCGAGAACUUUCAUUCGGUGAACCUCACAUUUCCCUGGGUGAACUGAACUCUUCAAAAGUGGAAGAAUAUAAGUGCCACGGAGCAAAAGAAGCGCAGACAUAGAAACGAGAGUCAAACCUUAAAAACUGGCAGUUUUUAGCCAUUGAAACUGGCAUAAGUUUCACUCUAGACUGAUUGGAACAGUAAAAAUGUUGUAAAAUCUUUGAUAAAAGACGAGAAUAAGACUAAAAAGUUGUAGCUAAGCCCGGCGGGACAAGAAACAUGCCUUUGCAUGCAACAAAAAUGCCGGGGAAAUGCCGGGGAAAUACGUGCCCUUUUACGAAAAAGGUGAACAAAUGUAAAAAUUCGUCCGAGAAAGUUAUUUAAAUUCCUCCCUUGAUAAUGGGAAGGAAAUAACCAAAAAUCGUUUUUAAUUUGCAGAAAAACAUUUUCCUUUAAAGAAAUGUAAAACUAGGUGGAAAGUGAGGAAAAACUGCUGAAUUUUUA